UGAUUCUCUACUCUCCAGUUUUCUUUCACCUCUAUCACCCUCACACUAAAAUUGAAAGAGAGACGAAAAACAAGCAAUAAGCAAGCUACAAAUUAGUGUAAUGGUUAAGUCAGAGCAGAAGAGCCAAUGCGAAGCAUCAUCAUUAUCAUCACCAAUACCAUCAUCCUCAUUGUCGUCAUUAAAAAAGAAAUACAAAGGAGUGAGAAUGAGGAGCUGGGGUUCCUGGGUUUCAGAAAUUAGAGCUCCAAAUCAGAAAACAAGAAUCUGGUUGGGUUCUUAUUCUACCCCAGAAGCUGCUGCUAGGGCCUAUGAUGCUGCACUCUUAUGCCUUAAGGGUUCUUCUGCUAACCUCAACUUUCCUCUCUCUGCUUAUUCCAACUGUCAUCCUCUCAUCCCUUGUCAUGAUUCAGCUACUGUCAUGUCUCCUAAAUCAAUACAAAGAGUUGCUGCUGCUGCUGCUGCUGCUAAUAAUAAUAAUAAUGUUGUUGAUGAUACCUCCACUAAUACUCAUACUCAUCAUGAUCCAUCCUCGCUUUCUUCUCAAACUCAUCCAUCUUCAUCAAUAUCAAUGUCAAUGUCAUCUUCUUCAUCAGUAUCAUUGUCAUCAUCCCCUUCUCUGUCAUCUUCUUCACCAGAGCUUCAACAUCUGCAUCAGCUCAUUGAUGAUACCAUCUCUCUUACUCCCGCUUUUGACAAUACUAAUGACGUCUCAUCCAUGGCUAAUCAUAUGCCUGUGAAUAUGAUGAUGAAUGAUCCAUGGUCUUGCUUUGACUUGUCUCCUAAAUGCAUCGAUCCCAUGAUCAAUUCCAUGUUCUUCAAUCCCCCAUCUAUCAAUAUUAUUGAUAUCGACCACUUCUACGAUGAAGGAGAUAUUCCAUUGUGGAGCUACCACUGAUCUCUAGUCAUUCCAAUCUCUGUUCCCUUCAUCAUAACUAUAUUAUUCAUUAUUCUUAUUCAUUUCACCCUUCUCGCGGGAAGCGUCUUCAGGACGACACUGACAAAUGACAAUCACGUAUAGUAUUAUUUUAUAUACUCCAUAAUCUAUGUAUUCUUUCUAAUUACUUUUUUUUUAAAAAAAAUUUAGCACAAGGAGUACUAUGCAAUUAGAAACAAUUUAAGCUACUUCAAUUCAUUUACCAUUGAGGUCUGCCUUUUUUUUGGGCCUCAUCGUCAUCAUAUAUAUAUAUAUAUGUAUACUUGUACUCAAAAGUUCAUUGUUUGUAAGAUCAGCAUUCAAAUUAAUUGUACGUUUCAUCUUUCGGUAAGUUCUAUUUAUACCA